UUUAGGGGAACUGAGCCCUGACAAAACCAUAGACUCGGUAUUUUCAUAAUAACACUAUCUAUCAUGUCACCACUGAGAUAUUUAAUAUGAGUAAGUGUCUGUGCAAUAUGACUAUAUCGCUGCGCCACUAGAGGAGGUAAAGUCCGCUCUCAAGGCUACAGCCUGUGGAGCCAGAGUCGGGCAGAGCUUCGUAGUGGGAGCGCGCUGGUCUGGACUGGGAGUGGUGGGAGUGGUGGGAGGGUCAGGACAGGAGAAACCCGGCAGGACACCAGCCACUGACAGUCUGGGCUGACAUACACUCACACCGGAGGGACUGACUGAACUGAAUAUCUCCACAAGUCUGUCUGGAGGGAAAAGCAGUGAGCAGAGAGGAGAGACUACCACAGCGCAUUUGACCUCGGCUGUUUUUAGGUGGUGGCUAGUGACGGGGUGCGGGCUAUGAUGGAGUCGGCCCUGACAGCCAGAGACCGGGUGGGCGUGCAGGACUUUGUCCUGCUGGAGAACUACACCAGCGAGGGCUCGUUCAUAGAGAACCUGCGCAAACGCUUCAAAGAGAACCUCAUCUAUACAUACAUUGGUUCAGUGCUGGUGUCAGUUAACCCCUACAAAGAUCUGGAGAUCUACACCAAGAACCACAUGGAACGGUACCGUGGGGUCAACUUCUACGAGGUCUCACCACACAUCUAUGCGGUGGCAGAUAACUCUUACCGUUCCAUGAGGACAGAGAGGAAGGAUCAGUGCAUCCUGAUCUCCGGAGAGAGCGGAGCCGGGAAGACAGAGGCGUCCAAGAAGAUCCUGCAGUACUACGCCGUCACCUGUCCAGCCAGCGAGCAGGUGCAGACCGUCAAGGACCGCCUGCUGCAGUCCAACCCUGUGCUGGAGGCCUUUGGCAAUGCCAAGACGUUGCGUAACGACAACUCAAGUCGUUUUGGCAAGUACAUGGACAUUCAGUUUGACUUCAAGGGUGCCCCAGUGGGAGGCCACAUCAUCAACUACCUGCUGGAGAAGUCCCGGGUGGUCCACCAGAACCACGGAGAGAGGAACUUCCACAUCUUCUAUCAACUGAUUGAGGGAGGGGAAGAAGACCUGCUGAGACGCCUAGGCUUAGAGAGGAACCCUCAGCAGUACCAGUAUCUGGUCAAAGGUAACUGUCCCAAAGUGAGCUCCAUCAAUGACCGCAGUGAUUGGAAGGUGGUGAGGAAAGCCUUGAGUGUGAUUGGCUUCAACGAGGACGAUGUGGAGGAAUUGUUGAACAUCAUCGCCAGUGUGCUCCACCUGGGGAAUGUGCAGUACGGCGGAGAGGACGGCAUUGCCUGCAUCACCUCUGACACACAGAUCAAGUACCUGGCCAGGUUGUUAGGAGUGAAUGGGACGGUGCUGACAGAGGCACUCACACACAAGAAGAUAAUUGCCAAGGGGGAGGAGCUGAUGAGCCCUCUCAACCUAGAGCAGGCGUCCUCAGCUCGGGAUGCUUUGUCUAAGGCAGUGUAUGGACGCACCUUCACCUGGCUGGUUAACAAGAUCAAUGCUUCGCUGGCAUACACGGAUGACUCGUACAAGAAUUACUCUGUCAUCGGCCUGCUGGACAUCUAUGGCUUUGAGGUCUUCCAGCACAACAGCUUCGAGCAGUUCUGUAUCAACUACUGUAACGAGAAGCUGCAGCAGCUCUUCAUUGAGCUCACCCUCAAGUCGGAACAGGAGGAGUACGAGGCCGAAGGCAUCACGUGGGAGCCGGUGCAGUACUUCAACAACAAGAUCAUCUGUGACCUGGUGGAGGAGAAGUUCAAAGGCAUCAUCUCCAUCCUGGAUGAGGAGUGUCUGAGACCUGGAGAUGCCAGUGAUUUCACCUUCCUGGAGAAGCUGGAGGACACUGUGGGAGGACACCCUCACUUUGUCACUCACAAGCUGGCUGAUGGAAAGACCCGAAAAGUAAUGGGCCGUGACGAAUUCCGACUGCUGCAUUAUGCUGGAGAGGUCAACUACAAUGUCAACGGAUUUUUGGACAAGAACAACGACCUGCUCUUCAGGAACUUAAAAGAGGUUAUGUGUAUGUCAGAGAACAAGAUCCUCACCCAGUGUUUUGACAGGGAGGAGCUGAGCGACAAGAAACGUCCAGACACGGCAGCAACCCAGUUCAAAGCCAGUCUGGCGAAACUCAUGGAGAUCCUCAUGUCCAAGGAGCCGUCGUACGUCCGCUGCAUCAAGCCCAAUGACUCCAAACAAGCAGGUCGAUUUGACGAGGUGUUGAUCCGUCACCAGGUCAAGUACCUGGGACUGAUGGAGAAUCUGAGGGUGAGGAGAGCCGGCUUUGCUUACAGGCGGCGCUACGAGGUCUUCCUACAGAGGUAUAAGUCCCUGUGUCCAGACACGUGGCCUAACUGGCAGGGGAAGCUGUCCGAUGGAGUGGCCACACUGGUCAAACACCUGGGAUACAAGCCUGAGGAAUACAAACUGGGCAGAUCCAAAAUCUUCAUCCGCUUCCCAAAGACCUUGUUUGCUACAGAGGACGCACUCGAGACCAGGAAACACAGUCUCGCCACCAAGCUGCAGGCAGGAUGGAAAGGCUACAGCCAGAAGUCCAAAUACCAAAAACUCAGAACCUCAGCUAUUGCCAUCCAGGCGUGGUGGAGAGGGAUCCUGGCGAGGAGGAGGGCCCAGCGCAGGCGACAGGCUGCUGAUACCAUCCGCAGGUUCAUCAAGGGCUUCAUCUACCGCCACAAGGAGCGCUGUCCAGAGAACGAGUAUUUCCUGGAUUAUGUGCGCUACUCCUUCCUCAUGACUCUGCGCAGGAACCUGCCCAAGAAUGUCCUGGACAAGAGCUGGCCGACUCCACCAGCAGCUCUCACUGAGGCGUCAGAGCAUCUGCGUAAGCUGUGCAUGCAGAACAUGGUGUGGAGCUACUGCAAGAAAAUCAGCCCUGAAUGGAAACACCAGAUGGAGCAGAAGAUGAUCGCCAGUGAGAUCUUCAAAGACAAGAAGGACAACUACCCGCAGAGUGUCCCCAAAUUGUUUGUCAGCACAAGACUCGAUGGUGAGAACAUUAAUCCCAAGGUGCUGCAGGCUCUAGGCAGCGAGAAGAUGAAGUAUGCAGUGCCAGUCACCAAGUACGACAGGAAGGGCUACAAGGCUCGAACCCGCCAGCUGCUGCUGACCGCCAACAGUGCCAUUAUUGUAGAGGAGGCCAAACUCAAGCAGCGCAUUGAAUAUGGAGCUCUGAAAGGUAUCUCAGUCAGCUCUCUCAGCGACGGCUUGUUUGUUCUGCACGUGCCCAGUGAAGACAACAAACAGAAGGGAGAUGUGGUUCUGCAGAGCGACCAUGUGAUUGAGACCUUGACCAAGAUCGCCAUCUGUGCCGACAAAAUAAACAGCAUCAACAUCAACCAGGGCAGUAUAAAGUUUACAGUAGGUCAGGGGAAAGAGGGGAUCAUAGACUUCACACCUGGAUCAGAACUACUGGUGGCCAAGGCUAAGAAUGGACACUUGUCUGUGACGGCUCCCAGACUGAACUCCAGAUGAUGGCCACUCUGACCACACAAACACACACACACACACACAUAUACACACACCAGGACCCACGUUCUCCUGAUCUCUCCCACCCUCCAAUCACACGACCGCAGAUCCCGUUCUGCCUAAGCCAAUCAGACGCCAGCUUGUCACCACACCGGUGGCACGUGCUUCCAAUUAAAAGAAAAUAAAAGUCCAGCAAAACUAAUUGAUAUAUUUAUGUUUAUAUAUUAUAUUUUUUGGGAUUAAUACUGUUGCUGUUUGAAUAUUGUGAUUUUAUAUAUGAGGCCAAGGAAUAACAAAUAUUCGGGUGCAUUUUUCUUGCACCGUGUGUGUUUAUUGUGCUUUAUUUGGGGAACAUGACCAAGAAAACAAUGAGGGAAGUGUCAGAAUAAGUGACAAUAAUGAGAAGAAGGGGGUUGUUAUUGAUGAAAUCAGGGUUAGUUGUUUCCUGUUGCCUCUUUUUUUUUUUCCUGUUUACUCUGUCUUUUUGACUUAUAGGCUUGACCGUCUUCCUGCUUUUCUAACUGGGGCGGAUGGCUUGUUAUUGAAGGUGUAUAGAAUAAGGCUGACAGCAUGUAGGCUAGCUGUUGAGAGGUUCAGGGACGAGGAAGAACACCUCUUCAUGCUUAAGCACGAGAAUCUAAUGGAUCUUGAUGGCAAGAGACCUGGUAGUAAUAUAGCGUCAUACCGUGGCUCACAAAAAAUAGUUGGAUAUACUACUGAAUAUAUUUUCAUAUAUCUGUAUUUGUAGACUAUCUAAAUAUGAAGGGAGUUUAUCAAGAGGGAAUCACUACAUUAGAUAAACAGCAUUUACUGUAAAUGCUGCAAAAAAUGAACAAAGUAUGUGUAAAGUGGCUGAGGAAAAGGCAACAAAAAGGUGAAAAGAAAGACGAGAGAACGCAGCCGUCAUUUGCCUUGUUGCCAGGUGCUUGUGCCUUUCUCCUCGACUAAUCCUGACUAUUCUUAAUGAGGGAGUUGAAGAGCUUUAUAUUGAUGUAUGAAAACCAUGACACUCAACGUGAGAGUGAGUCGAGUUAAGUGUAGAUAGAAACCCGUCGUCCUCUGACUGAAUGUUGCUCUAGCACCACAUAACAUGCUCCGACUGGCUCGAAGGCCCCAAUAUUUCUCUCCAUAGCUGGCUACAUUUCCUCCUUUCCUCCACCUCCCCUCUCUGCUUCGCUUCUCCAGCCUCCUCCAUGACCUGCCUGUUAUCUGUAGUACGACUGAACUGGUCUGAUGGCUACGCCUGACUAGGGCUCAACCAAUGUUUUUUUUAGUUGUUUUUUUUUAAGAUAUUAUACAAUACAUCGCUCCAUUCUUACACCUGUAUGCCUUUGCAACUGCAUUUGGACAAAAAAUGUGACUAAAACUCACAAUUUAAAGCCAUAUAAUUGAAAUUUCUUUUAAUGGGAUAAUUUUGAUGGAUGUGAAGGUGAAAAGCAGUGAAGCCACUCCUUAUGUGUAGUGUUCAACAUUUAUGGAAAUGCACUUAUUCACUUUCUUGCUUUCUUGAGAGUUGUAUCAAUCUUCUCAUCCAACUCUCAGCAGGAAAGUGAAUAAAUGUAUUUCCCAAAAUGUCAAACUACCCAUAUUGUCAGGGUAGAAAACCUUCCGAAAUAGCAAUUUAAACCUUUAUAUGACUCCUCUUUAAAACCCAUGACAACAGUAAAAUAUUCAUGCAUCCUUUUCAAAAUGUCAUGCCAUUUCAGGUUCAGAGCCUCCUAGAGAGCAGUUGCACAAUAAAAUAUCUUCCUAACUCUGACCCUUGACUCUCUUCCAAGCCUACAGGCGAGACCAAAGACUUACGGCGAGAAAGUUGUGUUAUUGGAAAUUCUGUAGGCUUACAUUUUGAGAGGAGCUCCAAAAUGUUUCAAGGAUUUUUUUUUUUUUUCCUCUUUCUUUUUUCCAGACCUCGCUCAAUGACAGAACUUUUUCUCUGCAUGGCUCUAAGGCGAGGCGGGUGCAAUAUGCCGAGGCAGGACUGUGCUACUGCACUUAUUAGCCAAAGACCCUGUUGAUUUCUAGUGAUUCUGUGUUGUAUGAUUUAUAUAUUAUGUCAGUUCUGAAUGUUCUGUUUUGUUUUGUUUUUUUCCAGGAGGGAGAUGUAUAUGUACAGUUUGUGUUCUGUGUUAUAAAUGAGAGAUUCAAGCCAAGUGACGUUUGACGAUGUGAAACAUUUGGGGAGAAACAGCUUUUAGUAUUGUUUGUUAACUUGUUCAUGUGCCUUGUUGGAUAGCAAUACAACAGAUUAAUGUGGGAUUAUAAGAGAAAUACCUCCUUGAGUCUAGUCGUUGGCUGACGACGGGUGUCGGGCCGUUUCUAAAAGUUUCCCAACGGCACCUAAAGGUUUCCUCUCUCCGUGUGUAUAAGCUUUAUUCAAACCAAAUCCUAAGUUUGUCUAUUGAUUUACAGAUGCACUCCUGUUAUCAGUCCUGACUUACUGUAUGCACCAAACCAAUGUAUAAUUAUGCCAACACACUAAAAAAAUAAGAUACUAAAGAUUUGCAAAAUAAAUUUCAAACGUACAGUAAAAA